UCGUUAUCGUUAUCGUUAUCGCUUAUCCACAUGUUAAGUUUGUUUUGAUUGUACUUGAAAUACAAUUUCAAAGAAAAUGGCAUACGUUGCGCUGAGCGAGGCAGAGAAAACGUUUAUUUUACAUGGUGUUGAGGAAGAUUUCCGCUGCGAUGGUCGUUCGCGCCGCGAUUACCGCCCAAUGGAUCUGGAGACUGGUCUAGUGAGCAAUGCAAGCGGGUCGGCACGUCUACGUUUGGCUAAUACGGAUAUUCUGGUGGGCGUUAAGACUGAAAUUGAUGUGCCCAAUCCACUGACACCUGAGUUUGGCAAAUUGGAAUUUUUUGUGGAUUGCUCUGCGAAUGCCACACCAGAGUUUGAGGGUCGCGGUGGCUCAGAUUUAGCACAAGAACUGAUACUUUCCCUGCAAAACGCUUACGAAUCCCCAUUUGCCUUUGACUAUCGUACCUUGUGCCUCAUACCCGGUCAGCAAUGUUGGAAGCUUUACAUCGAUAUUUUGAUUUUGGAAUGUGGUGGCAAUUUGCACGAUGCUGUUUCUCUGGCUGCCAAGGCAGCGCUCUACAACACAAAGCUGCCUCGCGUAACUGCCAGAUUGCUGGAUGCAGGCAUCACUGACUUAAUUAUAUCCGAUAACCCCUAUGAUUGCACACGCAUUGGCAUUGAUGCAGUGCCGCUGCUUGUGACUGUAUGCAAAAUUGGUGACUAUUGUCUGGUGGAUCCAACAGCUGAAGAGGAAGUUUGCAGCACAGUUAGCAUGGUUGUUUCCGUAUCCAUGCGUAAUAAUGAAGCUUACCUCUCUGGAACACACAUGACUGGAGGCGGCUCUAUGCAUAGGGAUACCAUGCUAAAUAGUAUACAGCUUGGUCUCUCCAUGGGAGAGCAGUUGAACAGUCUGCUUCUGAAGAUGCUUAAGUCGGAGGAGGAACGCGUGGGACCCAAACGACCGAACACAGUUGGCUUUCUUAAAUAAAUAUUUCUUAGUAUUACAAAACUUUACUUUAUUUACUCUGACAUUUGACUGUGUUGAGAAUGUGUUCUCUAUUUGCUUAAGGCUUAUUCAAAUUAAUUUACGGCA